AUGCACAAAGUUUUCAUGAAUAAUUUGCCACCCUACAUCAUAGAAUUUAGAGUAUCCUUAAAGUGUCAGACUUUUAGGCUUGAAAUUGAACUUCUAAAGAAGACACAUCCAAUCCUUGAGCAGUUUCACCAGGAUCACCAGGAGCCGUACACAACAUCAAGUGGCCCAGGACAAGAUUGCCAAAAUCCAAUCUUGGAAUAUGGAGUUCCAGAAUGCGUGGAUCCACCUGAGGUAGACUUUGGAGAGAUCAUAAGUGAUUCGGAGCACAAAUAUGGUGAUAAAGUGCAAUAUGGAUGUGACCUGGCCUAUACCUUGUCUGGUUCAGAGUGGAUUACCUGCACCGGAAGCAAUUGGACAUCACCCCCAAAAUGCUUAGCCCCUUGUAGAAUCACUAAGCAGGAACUGGAUGAGAGAAAACUACUUUUGUCCAAUAACCGAAGUCGCACUAUAUCGGUUCCUCACGGUGGAAGCCUGGAAUUCAGAUGCAAGCAAAGAUACACAAUAAAACUGCCUCCUUCGGUCAGGGUGUGUGUUGAUGGACAUAUGGAUUUCCCAUUAUGUAUCCUCGCAAGAGGAAAGAACUGUGGUCCUGCUCCUGGUAUUCUAAAUGGAGACGUUCUUUCUUUAAAUGAAGAGGUGUUCCCAGCUGGGGCCUUUGUAGAAUACGGAUGCCAAAAGUUGUAUACUUUGGACGGUGGAAACAAGUCUUUCUGUUCUGAUGGACAAUGGACGGCAACGCCCAAGUGUUUAAGACCUUGUUUUUUCAUGGAGGAAGACUUGGCAACCAGGAACAUGAUGACAGCAACUGGGUCACAUGUACCCCAAUACAUACAAGUUGGUGCUUCCUUUGAAAUCACAUGUAAAUCAGGAUAUAUCCUUGAAUCUGAAUGGAAUUUUACAGUGCAAUGCAAAAAAGACCAAAUUGUUUAUCCGAAAUGCAUCGAACUGUGCGAAUUGUCAGCAAAACAAAUGGAAGAAAACAACGUACAGUUAUUCUGGGCCACUUCCGUCAGGCAUGCAUUUAGUCAUUUAAAUGUUCUUGAUUUCGUAUGUAGAAGCGGCUACACAGCGGAUCCCAAUUCGCCGCCUUUCCAAGUCCGGUGUUUAAAAGGAAAAAUGCAGUAUCCCAAAUGUGCUACAUCAGUCUCAUGUCGAAUCACAGAGCAAGACCUGAAUGUUGGAAGACUACUUUUAAUCAAUAACCAAAGUCUCCCUCUAGCAAUUCCUCAUGGUGGAAACCUGGAAUUCAGAUGCGAACAAAAUUACACCCUGACACAACCUUCAGUCAGAAAGUGUGUUAAUGGAACCAUGGAUUUCCCAUUAUGUGUCCUCGCAAGUGGAAAGAAUUGUAGUACUGCUCCCGGCAUUCCAAAUGGAGAUAUUGUUUCUUUAAAUAAAGCGGUGUACCCACCUGGAGCCUUUGUAGAAUACAGAUGCCAGAAUUUAUAUACGCUGGAUGGUCGAAACAAGUCUUUCUGUUCUGAUGGUCAAUGGACAGCAGCGCCCAAGUGUUUAAGGCCUUGUUUUUUCACGGAGGAACUCUUGGCAAACUGGAACAUGUCAAUAGCGACUGGAUCACAUGUACCUCGAUACGUAAAAAUUGGUGACUCCUUCAGAAUCAAAUGUAACUCAGGUUACAUACUUGACUCCCAAUCGAAUGAUAUGAUCCAGUGCAAAAGGGACCAGAUUAUUUAUCCUAAGUGCUUAGAGAAAUGUGUGCUCAAUUCAACAAAAAUGGCGAUGAAUAAUUUAAGGAGGUCACCGACACUUUUCCAGAAGAUAUUUUCCAUUUAUACAGUUUAUUCAAGUUUUUUUGAAUUUGUAUGUAAAGGAGGCUAUACGAGAGACUCCAUGUCUUCUCCAUUCAAAGUGAAAUGCUUGGAUGGAAAAAUAGAAUAUCCCAAGUGCAUUGCAUUAUAGUUACGAACAUCUCCAGAAAAAUAUGAAGAAAAAUAUACAAUUAACACAAUCUUCUCAUAAGGGAGGACCCUGCUCAAGAACAUACCUGGUUUGGAUCUCGCUCCCCCGGCUCCCCUUGGUUGUUGGCAGGGAGCCCACUCCAGUGUGGGGUCUCUCUUGCCCCUGAGAGGCUGGUCCCCCAUGCUCCCCGAAAGGCUGAUCCAGGUGAAUGGGCCAGGAUCCCACAGAGAGAAUCCUACAAGGAUCCGCAACA